CAGUGACCGGACUCAGGCGUCAGGCAGCCUCUCGCUGACGUUCUGCUUCAACUUGGCUGAGAGGCAGUUCAUCAAGCUCAGCUCAGACUGGGAGGAAAGUUCUCUCCUGUCCUCUUUCUUAGGUUCCUGGGUAGAUUAUACUCAUUUAUGAAUAACCAAAGGAUGCUGCAACUUGAGGAUACUUUACUCAUCGAGUUGCCUGCGUUGAAUGGCCAAAGGGAACGUGAUGCUGUGCUCUGCGCCUCUUGAACAGGGAUGACCGAAUCCUCCUGGCUGUCCACCCUCCUCCUCCUCCUCCUCUUCGUUCUCUCUUCUCCUCUCACAGUUGUACCCCGGACUCCUCUGGCAUGCGAGGGUCAAGUCGGCAGGAUUUUCGCAUCCACCUCAAUCCUCUCUCCAACUGUGUUGUGAUCCUCAGCGCCACACUUGACCUGAAGGCUUCCCAGGCAAAACAAAGGGAUUAACCGUGAACUUUACUCUCAACAGGAUACACAACCUGCGCUUAAACAGGAGACUGUGAAACUGAUGAAAGUCUACUGAGAUCUUCUUGAAAAUGAAAAGUCCCAACACUCUUGUCAUGGUUGGAUACAAAUAAACCAGAAGAAAAUAGAAGGAGAUAGCAUGCAGAACUUAACUUUAAAUGCCACAAUGGAUCAGUCAGGAUACCCGGUCAGUCACAGUCUCUGGGAGGUGAUUACCAUUGCCACCGUGUCGGCUAUAGUCAGCCUCAUCACCAUUGUAGGGAAUGUGCUGGUGAUGCUCUCCUUUAAGGUCAACAGCCAGCUGAAGACGGUGAAUAAUUACUACCUGCUGAGCCUGGCAGCUGCUGACCUAAUCAUAGGUGUUUUCUCCAUGAAUCUGUAUACCUCGUAUAUACUGAUGGGCUACUGGGCCUUAGGGAACCUUGCUUGUGACCUGUGGUUGGCAUUGGACUAUGUAGCCAGUAAUGCCUCUGUCAUGAACCUUUUGGUAAUCAGUUUCGACAGAUAUUUUUCCAUCACCAGACCUCUGACCUACAGGGCCAAGAGGACUCCCAAACGAGCUGGCAUCAUGAUAGGUUUGGCGUGGAUGGUGUCACUUGUUCUGUGGGCCCCACCUAUUCUCUGCUGGCAGUACUUUGUCGGAAAAAGGAAUGACGAUGAGAAGCAAUGCCAGAUCCAGUUUCUCUCCGAGCCUGUGAUAACCUUUGGGACAGCGAUCGCCGCCUUUUACAUUCCCGUGUCAGUCAUGACAAUUCUGUACUGUCGAAUCUACAAGGAGACUGAGAAAAGGACCAAAGAUCUGGCUGAGCUGCAGGGGAUUACCUAUCCCACCGAGCCUGGGGUCCCCCCGCCUCAGAAGACCAUUGUCGGAUCCUGUUUUAGCUGUAAAUUAAGGUCAACAUCGCAUGACAGGAAUCAAGCCUCUUGGUCUUCCUCCAGCAGAAGCCAUGCGGCCAAAUCAGCAGCCACCACCAAUGACGAGUGGUCCAAAGCUGGUCAGCUGACCACCUUCAACAGUUACGCUUCGUCAGAGGACGAGGACAGGCCAGUGUCACCAGGGGGAUUGCAACCCUCCUUCAGGAACCAGGCUUGUGAGACCCUCAAGAGCGGAGUGGGCAGCGAGAGCGAGCAGCUUAGUAGCUAUGUGGAGGAUUGCUACUUUCAGACUCCGCCCAAAAGCAACUCUCAGAAGAGCGGCAAGUGUGUGUCCUACAAAUUUAAGCCCGUGGCCAAAGACACUGACGUGGAGAACCACAUCAAAAAUGGAGACACCAAAAUGGCAUCAUCGACUUUCUCCUCGGCUGAGUCCAUGAGCGUUCCAUCCACCUCCUCGACGGCGAAGACCAUAGACGCCACACUGAAGAACCAGAUCACCAAGAGGAAGAGGAUGGUGCUGAUCAAGGAGAGGAAGGCAGCUCAGACUCUCAGCGCUAUCUUGUUGGCCUUCAUCCUAACAUGGACGCCAUAUAACAUCAUGGUGCUUAUUUCCACCUUCUGCCCAGAAUGCAUUCCCCCCUCCCUCUGGCAUCUGGGCUACUGGCUGUGCUACGUCAACAGCACCGUCAAUCCCAUGUGCUACGCCCUUUGUAACAAGACUUUCCAAAAGACCUUCCGUAUGCUCUUACUUUGCCAGUGGAAGAAGAAAAGGAUUGAGGAGAAACUUUACUGGUAUGGACAAAACCCUGUGGUCAGCUCCAAACUGACAUGAACUAUUUUUUAUUCUAGGAUAAUGGCUGUUAGGUAUGUUUCUUUCUAUUGUUAAUGUAGACUUCAUGAACUUGAAUUUUACCCAGUAUCAAAAGUAUUAAAACUGUAUCAAGGAGCUGGUACAAUUUACAAUGUUGCUAAUUAAUCAGUUGUUCUGCUAUAGUGGAUGUUUAUAACUUUGGAAAUGGAAGACAUUAUAAAAGUGCCCCAAAACAAACAGUGACAGUGUAAAUAUAUUCUAAAACAUAAGGAAAUACUAGUAUUUUCCCCCAAAAUGGAUGUGCUUAUGCAGGAUAUGCCAUCGAUUAAUACUGAAAUUAUUUUACGCAGACCGUUGUUGUAUUCAAGAUGCACAGUUUAACAUCUGUAUCAUAUCAAAUUGCUCCAACCCUUUGAUAACUCCUGUAUUGAUGCUCUUACACCCAAAAAGUCAUAACACAUGCAAAU